UAUUCACAACCCCAACAACCCAAGCUCUCUCCAAUAACACAACCGCGAUACAGUAUCAGCGAGCGAUAUUACAUAAAGAUUCUACUUGUCAAAUACCUGAUACAGCUCAUCUCACUUUCGCCUGGAACAAACCGCCAGAAUGGUUCUCGAAGCAGUGAUGGUGGUGGUGGACAACAGUGAGAGCAGUCGAAAUGGAGAUUAUACGCCCACACGAUUCGAAGCGCAAGCCGAUGCCGUUUCUAUGGUCUUCUCAGCUGUCACACAAGGCAACCCGGAGUCUUCAGUUGGUCUGAUGAGCAUGGGUGGCAAAGGUCCAGAAGUGCUGGUGACUUUGACGACGGACCACGGAAAGAUCUUGGAAGGGCUUCAUAGGACAAAGAGCAAGAUCUCUGGGACAUCACAUUUGGCAACUGGCCUUCAAAUAGCAGGUCUUGCACUCAAGCAUCGCCAGAACAACACACAACGCAUGCGCAUAAUUGUAUUCACCUGCUCCCCCAUCGCAGAAGAUGAGAAGAGCCUCGUCAAGCUGGCCAAGAAGAUGAAGAAGCACGCCGUAUCGAUCGACUUCAUUGCAUUCGGUGACAUCGAUGAUGACGUGACCAAGAAGCUCACAGCCUUCAACGAGAACGUCAAGAGCGGAGAGGGAUCCCACCUUACCAUUAUCCCACCCGGACCAGGUCUGCUGAGCGACCAGCUCAUCGCCUCCCCUAUUCUCAACGGCGAUGGAUCGGGCGGUGGUGGAGCAGGAGGUGGCGGCGAAGGCGGAGCUGGCGGUGGCGGUUUUGAAUUCGGCUUCGACCCAUCUGCAGACCCCGAGCUCGCGCUCGCACUGCGCAUGAGUAUGGAGGAGGAUGAGGCGAGGCAAAAGCGCCAGCGGGAGGCGGAGGCGCAAAAGAACGAGGCUAUGCCAGGGAUAUCAGAAGAGAAUGAGGAGUCGAAGCCUUUGCUGGAUAAUAAUGGCGAGGCAUCCGGAUCCGGGGAUAAGAAGGACGAUAAGAAGGAUGACUCGGAUAAGAUGGAUACUACAUAAAGUAGACGGUAUUUCCAUGGGCAUUGCAGGUGGCGUUCGGCAUGUACUUUAGAACUGAUAUCAUAUGAAUGGAGGAUGGCCAGGCGCUCUGAUCACCUCUAUGAAUUUCCUGUAGUUCCCAAUCGUGUUGCUAUUCCACCUUUACCGUAUAGUCUAUAAUAGUAUCCUCGUUCUACUUUGUAA